AUGUUGUGUUAUUGUCGACUGGUUUACAUGCCAAUGUCAUACCUCUACGGGAAGAGAUUUGUUGGGCCGAUCACUGAUCUGAUUCAAACACUAAGAGGAGAACUCUACAACGAGUCAUACCAUAAGAUCAACUGGAAUGCGGCAAGAAACACGGUCGCAAAGGAGGACCACUACUACCCACAUCCUUUGGUACAGGACUUGACGUGGGGAUUUCUUCACUACUUUGCAGAGCCUCUGCUGACGCGCUGGCCAUUCUCUAAGGUGAGGGAGUACUAG